AAGAACAGUGCCCAAUAGAGCAGGCGAAGCCGAUGAAGGGGGUGUGGUGUCUUCCAAGGGUGGGCCAUCUUUUGUUUGCCCUGCUUUUAUUGUUCGAUUUAGUUUGGCAUAAAACUAGAUUUUUUACCAAUCUGGUGAAUGCCCAAAUUCUACAAAUCUUCUAGACCCGAGUCGAAGUAGAACUCUGAUUGCUUGCUGUGUGCUGGCAGCAUCUAGUCAGUAAAGAUAGAUCUGCCUUUUUCUAUUCAUGGAGCAAUUGCCUACUUCGUCUCUUCUCCUCCCCUGCUAAGGGAAGCUGAAAAACUGUGGGAAGAGGAGGAUCGGCCAGUGCCAUGGACGGAGAAGGCAAGGAUGGUAUCAGUGAUGCUGAUUUGAGGGAAGCUCUACUAGCCAAGGAGAAGGAUAAAAAGAGGCAAAGGCUGAGGCUGAGCCGAUCUAUGUCCACAAACACAACAUCACAGCUUGCCAUCGUGGGAUCCAAUAUUUGUCCUAUUGAGAGCUUGGAUUAUGAGAUUAUCGAAAAUGAUCUCUUCAAGCAUGAUUGGCGUGGCCGGACACGAAUCCAAAUAUUUCAGUAUAUAGUUCUGAAAUGGACUUUAGCGUUUUUGAUAGGCCUUUCAACUGGACUGGUGGGUUUCAUCAUUAAUCUUGCAGUGGAGAACAUUGCUGGGGAGAAGUUGGUAAUAACCAACAAUUUCAUGAUAGCUGAAAGGUAUGCUGUUGCAUUUGGAGUAUUUGCAGGUUCUAAUCUUGUUCUAGUUGCAUUCGCAGCAGUGGUUUGUGCUUACAUUGCUCCAGCAGCUGCUGGAUCUGGUAUACCUGAAGUUAAAGCCUAUUUAAACGGGAUUGAUGCUCCAGGAAUUCUUUCUCCAACCACACUAAUUGUGAAGAUCUUGGGUAGCAUUGGUGCAGUGGCCGGUUCCUUAUAUGUGGGUAAGGAAGGGCCUCUAGUACAUACUGGAGCAUGCAUAGCAUCACUUCUGGGACAGGGUGGCUCCAAACGGUACCAUUUAACAUGGAGAUGGCUGAGGUAUUUCAAAAAUGACAGAGAUAGGCGUGAUCUGAUCACAUGUGGAUCUGCUGCAGGAGUUGCUGCUGCAUUUCGUGCCCCUGUGGGUGGUGUUUUGUUUGCCCUUGAAGAAGUAUCAUCAUGGUGGCGGAGUGCUCUUCUUUGGAGAACAUUUUUCACAACAGCAGUGGUUGCAGUGGUCCUACGGGCACUCAAAGAUUUUUGUGACACUGGAAAGUGUGGCCUCUUUGGACAGGGUGGCCUUAUAAUGUUUGAUGUCAGUUCAGUUAAAAUUUCUUACCAUGCUGUGGAUCUUGUGCCUGUGGUAAUCCUUGGAGUUGUUGGGGGAUUCCUUGGUAGCCUUUUUAAUUACCUUCUGGACAAGAUCUUGAGAGUUUAUAGCCUUGUGAAUGAGAAGGGACCUUUUUUCAAAUUGCUACUUGCAUGCACUGUCUCUAUCGUUACAUCUUCUUGCUGCUUCGGACUACCGUGGCUUGCAGAAUGCACACCAUGCCCAAAAGGAAUAGUGGAACAAUGCCCCACAACAAAGAGAUCAGGGAAUUAUAAGCAGUUCCAGUGUCCAGAUGGCUAUUACAAUGAUCUAGCAAGCUUGAUUUUCAAUACAAAUGAUGAUGCAAUUCGGAACCUCUUCAGUACAGGGAAUCCGAAUAUUUUCCGGCACUCCUCAGUGCUAAUGUUCUUUGGUGCCAUGUAUAUACUUGCACUAUUCACGUAUGGAAUUUCAGUUCCUGCUGGUCUCUUUAUACCAGUGAUCUUGACAGGUGCCACUUAUGGCAGAUUUACUGGCAUGCUGAUGGGACCAUCAUCAAAUCUUGACCAGGGUCUUUUUGCUGUGCUUGGUGCGGCUUCCUUUCUUGGUGGUUCAAUGAGGAUGACAGUUUCAUUGUGUAUCAUCCUUUUGGAGUUAACAAACAAUUUACUGAUGCUUCCUCUUGUCAUGCUGGUUUUGCUUAUAUCAAAGACAGUUGCUGAUGCUUUUAACGGUGGUGUCUAUGACCAAAUUGUUCACAUGAAGGGAUUUCCAUACCUUGAAGCACACGCAGAACCAUAUAUGAGGCAUUUGUCAGCUGGUGAUGUUGUCACAGGUCCUUUAGUGACAUUUUCUGGAAUAGAAAGGGUAGGAAAUAUUUUGCAGGUUUUGAAGAACACCAAGCACAAUGGAUUCCCAGUAAUUGAUGAACCCCCAUUCUCAGAGGCACCUGUUUUAUGUGGUUUAGUAUUGCGUUCACAUUUGCUUGUAUUGCUGAGGAGGAAGGAGUUUCUUCCAUCAAGGACAUUAUGUAAUGGAGAUCUAGGUCAACUAUUUACUUCUGUGGACUUUGCAAAACCUGGUUCAGGAAAAGGUUUCAAUGUUGAGGAAAUAGUUUUGAGUGCAGAGGAAAUGGAUAUGUAUGUUGAUCUGCAUCCAUUUACAAAUGCAUCUCCAUACACAGUAGUGGAAACCAUGUCAUUGGCAAAGGCACUUGUUCUUUUUCGUCAGUUAGGCUUGCGCCACCUUUGUGUGCUUCCUAAGACGUCCGAUAGAUCUCCAAUUGUUGGCGUAUUAACACGCCAUGACUUUAUGCCAGAGCAUGUUCUUGGACUGCAUCCACAUUUAAAAGAGAGCAAAUGGAAAAGAUUACGCCUGCGGCCAUCCCUGUUGACUAGCGUGACUAGAAGGCCUCCUUCAGCUCAAAACAUAGACCUUUGAUAUGUCAUUGAAUGUGCAAGAGGAUAUGAUAAAUUUGCCUUAGGAUUACAUUCUUUCGUGCAUGAGUUGCUUGGGACCAUUCUUGACAAGAUGCAAUAUCCAUUAUAGUCUCGAGCAGUUAAAUAUUUUUUAUAGAUCAUUAAUUAUUAUCUUUGUGGGAUCAUAUAACUUAGGGAGAAAUUAGGGCAUUGCUCUGUUAGGACAGUCUCACCUCUUUUCCAUAUUUGGGGUACCUUACAUGUUCUUCAUUUCUGUCAUUAUCAACUCCUGGAGUAUAUGAGUGAAGUUCAAGGAAACAGUAGUGUUCUCACCGUUGUGAUCACCUUAUCAUCAGGCUUUUGUAUCAAAUGUAGCUUAGAGUGGAUGCGCAAAUUUCAAGUUUCAUCGCUUGUCUCAAAAAUAUUGAAAUUAGGCCUUUUUUUUAUGCCUAAUAAUUCAAGAGAGUAAAUUUACUUAAAUCAUUCCAUUUC